CGGGGAGGAGCGGCAGCUGCGCAGGCGUCCCCCGCACCCUGUUGAUUAGGCAGCGCUGGGAUGGCGCUUCCUGGGCCAGGCGCAGCUGCCGCCGGAGCGGGGAGCAGCAGUGGCGGCGGCGGGUCCCGAGGGGCAGCAGCAGCCGGCGGUGGCGGCGGCAGCAGCAGGGGCGCCGCGGGGCGGGAGUCACCUUGCGCAUAGCCCGGCGCAGCAUGUCCCGGGGCGGCGGCGCUGGCGGGAGCAGCAGCGGCUGAACCAGGCGCGCUCCGUCCCCUGCCCCUGCAGCAGGGAGGGAAGAUGGACCCGGGCCCGGCCGCGGGCUGCAGCCUCAAGGAUGUCAAGUGGAGCGCGGCGGCGGCGCCGCUGGACCUGCUGCUCAGCACGUACCGCCUGCCGCAGCUCGCCCGCCUGGACAGCGGAGAAGUGGUAGAAGGCCUUCGAGAAAGUGAUUAUCUUCUGAUUCAUUCAUGCCGGCAGUGGACAACAAUUACAGCUCAUAGCCUGGAGGAGGGCCAUUACGUCAUAGGUCCAAAGAUAGAAAUCCCUGUACAUUAUGCAGGGCAGUUUAAGCUGCUGGAACAAGACCGAGAUAUUAAGGAGCCAGUGCAGUAUUUUAACAGUGUGGAGGAGGUGGCUAAAGCAUUUCCUGAACGAGUUUACGUCAUGGAGGAAAUAACGUUCAACGUUAAGGUGGCUUCAGGUGAAUGCAACGAAGACACAGAAGUUUACAACAUUACCCUCAGUACUGGGGAUGAGCUCACUUUAAUGGGACAAGCAGAAAUCCUGUAUGCAAAAUCUUCUAAGGAAAAGUCACGACUCAACACCAUCUUCAAGAAAAUUGGAAAACUUAAUUCUAUCAGUAAGCUAGGCAGAGGUAAAAUGCCAUGCCUCAUCUGCAUGAACCAUAGGACCAAUGAAAGUAUAAGCCUUCCUUUCCAGUGUAAGGGCAGAUUUAGCACCCGCAGUCCAUUGGAGUUACAGAUGCAAGAGGGUGAGCACACAAUUCGCAAUAUAGUAGAAAAAACAAGGUUGCCAGUCAAUGUAACUGUGCCAAGCCCCACACCAAGAAACCCAUAUGACCUGCAUUUUAUCCGUGAGGGCCAUAGGUACAAAUUCGUCAACAUUCAAACAAAGACUGUUGUAGUUUGUUGUGUUCUGCGUGGUAACAAAGUUAUUCCAAUGCAUUUUCCCUUGCAUUUGACUCUUCCAAAAUUCAUCCUCCCCGACAGUCUUGUGAAAGGGGAGCUAUGGCAUGAUACCCUGGUCCAGCAUUGGUUUAACAUCUGCCAGGAACAGUUUGAUAUAGACGAAUAUUCCCGUGCAGUGCGAGAUGUGAAAACUGACUGGAAUGAAGAUUGUAAGAGUCCUAAAAAAAGUCGGUGCACUGGGCACAAUCAUGUGCCAAAUUCUUUGAGCUAUGCCCGGGAUGAACUAACGCAGUCUUUUCACCGGCUCUCCGUUUGUGUUUACGGAAACAAUUUGCAUGGAAAUAGUGAAGUGAACCUUCACGGGUGUAGGGACUUGUGCAAUGAAUGGGCCCUCUUUUCUCAUGAUACCCUUCAGUAUCAGGACUCUGGUGACAGCAGCAGUGACUAUCUUUUUCCUGAAGUUACUGAAGAGUCAAUGUGUCUGCCUGCCAAACCAGAACUUCCUUAUGAAGAACUGUGGCUGGACCAGGGAUCUGGGAAACCUAGUGAUCAGCCUCUUACUCGUUUGCUAAGUGAGAAGAACAAAUGUGACAAUUACAGAAGCUCUUUUUGGUCAAAAUGUGGUAAUGCAUCUCUUCCUAUGCCUGGAACUCUAGCAGCAACAACAAAAAAGUCUUCAGAUGUUUCCCUACCUCCACCUCCAGUGCCUCCCAAAUCAGAAGCAGUACGAGAGGAAUGCAGACUCCUCAAUGCUCCACCUGUUCCACCACGAAGUACAAAGCCCACAUCCACAAGUCCUUCCAUUCCUCCUCGUACGAUCAAACCAGCACGGCAACAGACACGUUCACCAAGCCCGACUCUAUCCUACUAUUCUUCAGGACUGCACAACAUCAGUGUAACAGAAAGUGACCCAACAGAUCCAACCGAGAGUGCCCCUGUCUCUUGUUACCCUUGUAAUGUGGUGACAACAGAAUCAAGAGAGCCUGACAGCAAGAUGCCUUUUGGAAGCCCCUCAGCUGAAGCUCUGUCUUGUAGGUUAUCCUGGCCAAAUCAUUUUUCUGGAACUUCUGAAGGCCUAAAUAGGAAUGACUUCCUGCUGGAUCCAAGCAGAAGUUAUAGUUAUCCAAGACAGAAGACACCGGGCACACCAAAGAGAAACAGUCCAGCACCUUUUACUUUUGACUUUGAUGGGUGUGAAAUCCCUGCCGGGUACUCACAGCUGGCCCCAACUGAGUUCAGUAAUGCCAUCUCCAGUUGUCCAAAGUCUGCAAGUUACUCUUUAGAAUGCACUGAUGAGAAAACUCUGGCAGUCGGCGAUACAAAGCAGAGCCAUUCAUGCCCUGCCUUACCUCCUCGUGCACCGAAAAUGAAUGAUGAGAAGCCAGCUGUAGACCUAUGCCUCUUGCCUCUAAAAAUAGAUGGUGCUGAAGAAGAAUCUCAGACUGGAUCACCAGACCUGUCAGAAGAUCAGUACCUUGUUAAAAAGGGCGUGCAGGAUGCUUUCUCUGUUUCUUACCCUUUUUCAUCUCCGCUUCGCUUUCAGUUAGCACCAAGGUCUUGUGGCGACGGCUCUCCCUGGCAGCCACCUACAGACCUUUCUGGACUCUCAAUAGAGGAAGUAUCUAAAUCUCUGAGGUUCAUUGGUUUAUCGGAAGAUGUUGUAUCUUUCUUUGUUACGGAGAAGAUUGAUGGCAAUUUACUUGUUCAGCUUACAGAAGAAAUUCUUUCAGAAGACUUUAAGCUAAGCAAAUUGCAGGUUAAGAAAAUACUGCAGUUCAUUAAUGGCUGGCGGCCUAAGAUGUAGUCCAGUGAUGCUGACUGGUGUUUAAUGAAACUGUAUGCGGUACGUGCUAGGAGCACUGGGGCUAGUAUGUCAUUUCCUGUUUUUUGCACUAAAAGCCCUUCCUGUAAAUAGAAGUAGUAGAAGAAACUUACUAUGCAGAUAAAAUUUUGAGUGGUGAACAGAUUCUUUUAUAUGUCAAUACAAAAUGUAGAGAACCUUAUAGAAGUGUGCCUUGUGCAUCACUGAACAUUCAGCAGCUGCUAAAAACUGGACGUUAAGGGAAUUUUUACUCCUUGUAGUCUGUUAAGAUGUAGUAUUUAUUGCUGAAUAAUCAAUGCUGAAAGACACACAAAUCCAGUUUACAGUUUUACGUUAACAGCAAAAAAUAAUGCGUUUCUUUUGGGCUUAUUUUUUUUUUAAUAGUAAUUGGCAACAUGCUAUGACUUCUUUUAAUUUCUGUUUCUCACUAAAGGAUGCAUUGAAAUCUAUAAAAUCAUCCUUUUCAACAAUGUAGCAGAAAACAUUAGAGCUAAACAAAUGCUUUGAAGUGAGGCUCAGACAGUAUGUUCUUCAAGAUACUUUUACAAAAGUCUACCUGUAAAGUACUCAUGGAUAAACUUACUGUGUUGUUGCACCUGAACAAAACCCUUUUAAUAUUAAAAAAUAUAAGUCAUUAUCCCUGAUGAUAACAUUUCGUCCUUAUCUGGUUGUCUGUAGGGGAAAAUCAUUCCUACCGAACCAAUCUGCCAUUUCCAUGUCUCAAUUAAAAGUUCAUAAUCUGUAAAUUUCAAGUGUCUUUGUCAGAUCAGUGAAAUAGUAACAUGACUGCCAGGCUUCAUGGGAAGGGCAUCAAAUAGCAUGUUUCCUUUAGUAGAUCCCAACAAUGCAACAGUGGAGUCUUCUACAAAUUGGGGGCCAUUUUGCUGGCCCUUUUCUGCCAGAAAGAAAACCAGUUUUCUUGUUGCUGUUAUAAGAUGAAAAUACUGAUUUCAUGAGCUACACUUUACACUGCAGUCAGCUAUAUAGGCAGAUCCUUGCAACUAUGCAGAGUCCCGUUGAACUAAAACAUUGCUGAGGUGGAAGUGAAAUGCAAAAGCACUUGAACUUCCCAUAAAAGGCUGGAUCUAAAAAUGCAGAGAGAGGACUCUAAAUACCCUGAGUGAAAUUGUAUGCCACAUCUUCAAGGCUUAGUCAGCACAUACUUGAUUCUGCCAGCCUAACUCAAGUUCUGAUGGCAAAACUCUGCAUGUGUCUGCCCUUAGAGCAACUUUGUGGUGGCAGCAUCCCAUUUCUGACUGCAGUUGCACCACCUUGCCCAAACUAAACAGGGGUUCUGCUGCCACUGGCAGACAGCAGAAGAUUCAUGUGGACAACCCCAUGCCUUCUGCCCACUGCAGCAGUCCUAUGAGCAGCUGGUACCCUCCUAGAAAGCACGGCACACUGUAGAGGCACAGCUGCUGCAGGAGUCGGGCAGAGUGACCAGAAACACAUUGGGCAUGUGCAUGUUCUGGGGUAGAUUUGUGAUGCCAGCUGCCCUCUCUCCUUAGCACACAACCAAGCUAGCACAACCAAGUGUACAUGGACAAGGCGUGCGAGAUGCAGCAUGGAACAACUGGUCCAAGUGCUAGCACAGGGGAAAGAGUGGUGACUUCUAGCUGCCUUUUGAGCCUCCUUAGUCCUGCACACCUCAGGGAGCCAUCCUCCCUGUGCACCUGAAGAAUUCUCCCCUGGUCAGAACCUGACCUCUUAGAGCCCUUUUUAUACUUCUGUGGUACUUUUACCUGGUUUCUGGAGGCCUGAGCAGGGAUGCAAGUGUUUCUACUAUGUUUUAAUUUUUUUCAUAGAUAGAAAAUGUAAGAAGCAUGGUAGAAGCAACAAGAGUAAGCAGGAGGGUACACCAAGGUUUGAGAGACUGAUGUAGCAGGUAUUAUCAACUGCAGAACUGCAUUAAGUGGGGAUUUGCUUCUGGUGACCUGUACAGAUCUCAUGUCAUGCCUUAUUCAAAGUCCAGCUUUACUAUUUGUAUUGCAGUAGCACCUUUGAGACCCUAUUAGACAUCCAUCUAUCCCUUCCUACCCCCCUCUCCAAAGAAAACCAAAUCAAAACUCCCUGCCUCAGAGUCUUUUGUUUCUUGCCAAAUGCUAAGAUUAGACUGAUGCAACAAAUCAAUAACUAUCCUUGACUUCUGCUAUUUUUAUAGUGAGGGGUUUCAAAACAUACCCUCUGAAUCAAUUUUCUAAGUGCAAGUAGGAUUGAAUGAAUAAAUAAAGACUAAGUGAAUUAAUUUUGGGUACCAUUCAGAGCUAAGCACUAUUGUGUCCGUAGGCACAUGCAGAGUGUAAUUGUUGCUUAUUAAACCUAACUAAAUCCAGCUGUUACUCAGCAAUGGAAGGUCUAAACUUUUUACAUUUUAAAAUGAAGGGUACCUAUUUUUGGUUGUUUCACUUGUUAAUGUUAGAAAAUGUUUGAUCUCCAAAAGAGGGUGGUUGUCUUAAUAAUGGUAAAUGCCUCAGAACAUUACACGUUACGUCUCCAUGUUUAUUAUCCCAGGCAGUGCCGUGCUAAUUUGGCUGUAUUGCUUCUAGUACCCAAGACAGCUCUAUCUCCAUAUGGUACUGCAUUGUGCUGUGUAGCCAUAUCCUAAAACAUCUGUGGGAAACUGGCAGCUUUGAUUUGUAGUUGGAUGCAUACUGUUUGCCUGCCUUUUGGCCUGCUUUUGUUAUAGACAACAUUAAUGGAUUUUGAAAAUGAGAGGUCUAAGGGCCUUCUUGCACCUUACGCUGUGAGCUGCAUAAAUGUUGAUCAGUGUUAGUUCUAGCUUAAUGUUUGGAGAAGUUGCACCCUUAGUUUAGAAACCUUCUCUGACUGUGUCCUUCUUCACAGCUGUGACUUGCUGUUAGAGGCCUGGUCAGCAGGGACAGGACUAGGAGCUGCAGUAGUGAGUUGCCAAUAUAGUGCUGAUGAGCCAGGAUGGGCUUCUAUCCCUGCUGCAUGGGUGGGGAGAUCCUGGGAUACUUCAGGGUUGAGAGAUCCCAGGAUACUGCAGGACUUCACCUUGGGUGGCGCAUCUGUGGGGAGUGGCCACACCUUAAUGGACCAGGAGCUAGGUAAUGUGGAUCAGAGAGAAUCCUGGCCUAGAGUGCUGUAAAUUUGAGCCACAUAACAAGUGCUUAAAACCAAUUUAAGGUAUUAAUGUGCAGACAGUCUAGGGGUUAAGAGAUCUAGGAGCCAUCCAAAAUUACCAUGCAACAAGCCCCUAACUCCCUGUUAAUACCAUACCUCCAUAAUGCCUACUUAGACAAAAAAAGGGCUUCCAGAAGGACAGAGGAAUAUGCGUAUGUUUUUGGAUCAGGUCCAUAGUACAUAGCCACAGCUGAAACAUAUAAUGGAAGACCAAUGAGACUUAUUUCUGCGUUCCUUCAAAUGUUUUGUUCUGUCUUAGGCAUAGUAAGCUAGCAUACCACAUGUCCCUCACCCUUUCCCAAAAAUAGUUCACAGGCUUCAUUUCACAACCUGUUUUUGAGAGGGAGUUGUGUGUCCUUGAAUUCCUGUUUAUAGUGACUUGUUUUUGUUGUUUUCUUCCAACCAGAAUAGCUUAAGAAAGCUGCCAGUUUGACCCACAGGCCCAGUUUUUUAAGAAGUGCUUGGUCCUACAUUCUCAGCCAUUUUUAGAUACUUAGAGUUUCCACCUAAAUACCUUUGAGAAUCUAGGCCUACAGUCUUGCAGCCCUGAGUGGAGUAAGCGGCUUAGUCAAAUACAUCUUAUUGUAAGGCAGUAGGAUUUGAGAGUUUAAUUUGCUUUUGAAAACUGGACUUGCCCAUUUAAGUGACAUAAACUGUAUCAAAGCAUUGCCUAAAUAGCUUUCAAAAUCUGGGUGCAGAAAUUUAAAUCUAUAGUUAUAAAGUGCCAUGCUAAUGCGUGUUAGCUACAGCAUUGUUAUUUGAAUAUUCCUACCAAUUUGAAAAUGUCUCAAUCUGAAAGUUUUGGACAUAUUCUCAGAUGUGCUUAGCACCUCUUGUGAAGUGCUGGGAGUCCUCAAUUCAGUGUUAGUCAGUGGGAGGUGAUGACAUCACUUUGUGAGAUUUGAGAGAGAGAUUUCCAAUUUAGUUGGUGUAUAAGGUGCAAAUACCCUGCUUUCUGCCAGCUUCAGACUAACACAUCUACCUACCUCUCCAUGUAAUCACUUGGAGUAAAUUUAUAACAAAUUUUGACUCUGACUACUACUCUUAUGUCUAAGAGAGAGUCUUUACAACUUGGCUGUCAGAUUCUUUAAUUAUAAUUGUACUUUAAGUCUCUCUCUAAAUCAUUUUGCAUCUAAGCAUAUUUGCAAGCCAAGACUGUCUGGUGUCUUAUUCUGUUAGUCUGAGGGAUGUAGUCAAAAUAUACAUCAGUCAAGGUACAAGCAAAUUCACAAAUUCUUUAUGGAAAAGUGCACCUUAUUCUGUCAUUUCAGAUUUUAUUGUGCUGUUUCGUGUGGCUUUGAACCUGCUGUUUUUCUCCAAGACUAGCUCUAUCUAUUGGGAUCCAUUCACCCUGCAGGAUUAGACCCUAAAAUCUCAUGCUUUUCAGAAACACCUUCUUUUCCUAAAGUGCUAUUGAUAAGUUUAACCUUGGGUUUCUUUUGUGCAUAAUAGCUGAAAUCAGGCCCAUAAGGUUCAUUUAAUGAUUUGGUAUCUACGCUCUUUUAAAAGGGCCAGUUCUGGAAUGUUAACAGGAUGCCAUCCACGGUUGUAUACCUUCUGGAGCAAGAGCUUUCUAUUCUUCCUAUGCAGCACAGUGGCAUGUGUACUAAUAGUCCCUUCACCUGUUGAAAAUUAUAGAGACUUUUAUGGGGCAGCAACAAUACUCCCGAGGGAGAACAAGAAGGUAGGUAUAUUUAGGAGAAGCAAAGGUCGAUUUUUAAGUACCCAUAUUGUGCCUAUAAUUAAGAUUCUUCUAUAUUGCUACCUUUGUGACUAACCAAAGUCUAACUGAAAUCAGUUAUUGUAUAUCUUGCUAUCUUUUUUUCUUUACUCUUGCUGUAUUAAAAGUAGGUUAUACUUGAAACUUAGGCAAAACACACUUGAUCCAUCCAAUAGAAGCAAAAAAAUGCAUAUGGUUUUCAGCUAGAACUGGAUGAAAGCAGCUUUGUAUCUUAUGUGGUUAUUCGGUGCCACCAUCUUACCACAUUAAUUGACUUUGUUUCACAAUAGCUUCAAGAGAAGCUUUGUGUAAGUAGCUGCAACAUUGUAAAAACACUUUAUUUCAAGUCCCUCUCUUUAAUUUUUUUUUAUAAAGUACUUGAUAUGCUUUCUGCUGCAUCUUCCUCUUGAGACAGCUACUUAGCUGUUUCCCUGCUAAAUACGUUUUAAUACGAGUUGCUUAGGUCUUUAUCACUGGAAGUGAGCUAAGGUGUGUACAAAAGGGAAGAUGAUGCUGUGGUUGAAGACAUGUCUGUGUAGAAUGGAGAGUAAACAUAAUGAGUCUAGGGGACUGGGGGGUGUACACUACACUAAUCAAAAAGGAUGCAUUGCAAAACAGCCACUAGCCCCCCAAGGCUAACAGGCAUAGGAUGGGGCAAGAUCUUGCCAAAAUCGAGCUCACCCAGUUACCUUCUUUGGAUGUGAUUAGCAUUUGAAGUCCUCAGCUUUCCAGCUAGAUGGUAUUGAUACAUUAUUAGCCAAAAUAAAUAGGUUACCUGUGUUGUCACAAGGUAUUUGUAAUACUGGGUAACGAAUGAGUGCAAGUACAUUGCUGUAUCCUUGGAAAAAGCACCUUUCUAGCAAAGAUGUCUUCAACUUCUAGUAGUCCAGGAGUUGUUUAGGUCUGACCAUCUAUAUUCAUAAUGAACAGACUGUCAUAUACUAAAAUUUCUGGUAUGAUUCUGAUUCUUCUUGACUUUGGUAAUCUUCCACUGAGUUGUUAUAUAAAAUAACUAUGUUUAGCUGUUUAAAUUACCUUUUUGAUCUACGCAAAGUAAACAUUUGAAAGCAACACAAAAACUCCAAAUCCUUGGCUUAGUAUAUUUCCGUUAUAAAUUGAGGUGUGUUUUUGUGGAAUUGUGCUGUUUUGGGCUUCUCUGGAAAAGGCUGAAGGUAGAUUAUUUAAAUCCAGGUGCAAAUAAAUAUCCCUGUAAUGUAUAUGAACAAGUUUAAACUGUGUAUUGUAAGUAUAUAAACUGUACAUUAAAGAUACUAUUUUCAUGAUA